AUGUGCGGCAGGUCCUCCUGGAAGUCCCGGUGCAUGAAGAUGGCCCGCGACCCCGUCGCCACGUCGCCGCCCCGCCGCCAGUCGCCCCGGCCGCUGGCCUUCUUCUCCCUCUCGAGCUUGGCGGCUCUGCGGGCCGCCCUCGACGAGAUGGAGCGGGACACGCGGUCCCGGUCGCGGUGCCGCUUCCUCUUCCCCUCCCUGCCCGCGGUGCCGCGGCCCCCGUCCUGCUCGGCGGUUGGCUGCUGCCCGAGGGCGCGGCUGAAGAGCGCGUCGACGUCCUCCUCGAGCUUGCGCCUCUGCUCCUGGACCUUCGCCCGCGGGUCCCCGAGCACGAGGUCCUCGAACACGGCCUCCCGCACGCGCUCCUCCUCGCGCCCGGGCGCGCGCACCGCCGCCUCCCUCGCCAGCUUCGCCUGCCGCCGGGCGGCCGCCUCGUCCUGGGCGGCCUCCCACUGCGCGGCCCUCGCGGCGGCCGCGCCCUCCCUCGCGGGCGGCUCCGCCGGCGGCGGGGCGGGCCGCGCCGGGGCGCCCUUCAGCGCCUGCUCCAGUGCCCUGUCGGCCAGGGCGGCCGCCAGGUCCUCGUCCUUCUUGUCCUUGGGCGGGGCCUCGGGCUCGGCCUCCACCUUGGGCACCGGGGCCGCCACUGGCUCGCGCGUGAGCACGCACUCGCUGGAGAGCAGGUAG